GAUCAAUCCUAAGUCCUAACCCAACUGGGUCAAAUCCAACUUUUUGGCUCGAAAAAGUCAAAAUUGUUGUUACAACUGUAUAUAGUCGUUAGACUGAAAUCUUGAAAUUUCUGUUUUUUUUUCAGUUAAAUUUAUCCGGUAAAGUUUCUGGAACCAAAUUUAUUUCAAAGUUUUGACCGCAUUCCUAACGGCUCCUAGUUUUGACCCCACGAGAACCCUAACUUCUCUCUGCCCCUUCCAAUCCUCUGCUUUACUACUUCACUCCUCCCCCAUCAAUUUCUCUCACAUUUUCUUUCUUUCUAGCCGUUGGCGCCUCUCUCUCUCUCUCUCUCUCUCUACGUUUUCUACAGCAAUGGCGAGCUCAGAACUCCCCGUUUCGCAUUCCGAUUCGUUAUGCGCUACCGCCGCCGUGCUUGAUGCGGUUGCCGCUUCAUCUUCUUCUCUGAAGCGGAAGAGACCCCCGAUGAUUGCGAUCCCGAACGUCCUGCAAGAAAUUAAAACCGAGAAGCUCCGGGAUUUCACCCCGCAGAACGGCGCCGUCUGCUUUAACGGGAUUGGAGUUGGGGUCUCCGCCUCCAAAGGCAAGAAGAAGUUUAUGGAAGAUACCCACAAGAUUGUUUCUUGCUUACAGGGACAGAAAUCAAAGAAAGCGUUUUUUGGGGUGUAUGAUGGGCAUGGUGGGAAGAGGGCCGCAGACUUUGUUGCUGAGAAUUUGCACAAUAAUAUUGUCGAAAUGAUGGAAAUGCAUACGGAAACUGAAGAGGCAGUUAAAGCUGGGUAUCUGAAGACAGACCAGGAGUUCUUGGAACAGGGUUUAGGCAGCGGAACCUGCUGUGUCACAGCCUUAAUCGAAGGGCAGGAGGUUGUUAUUUCAAACUUGGGAGAUUGCCGGGCUGUUCUUUGUAGAGGUGGAGUGGCGGAAGCUCUUACAAAGGAUCAUAAGGCAGAACAGGAGGACGAACGCAAAAGAAUAGAGCAUGAGGGAGGUUAUGUAGAGUUCCACCGAGGAGCAUGGAGAGUUCAUGGGGUUCUUUCUGUUUCUAGAAGCAUUGGAGAUGCUCAUCUGAAAAACUGGGUGGUGGCCGAGCCUGAAACAAAGAUACUGCAGCUGACUCCAGAUAUGGAAUUUCUUGUAUUGGCUUCGGAUGGACUAUGGGGAGAGGUUGACAACCAAGAAGCCAUCGAUACUGUGAAACGAUUAUGUUCAAUUCAGAAGAAAUCGGCACCCUCAGGAGAUCUUCUGAAUGAUGAUGGCCAUGGCUGUGUCAGUGUGAGCCCUUCAUCAAAGUUGCGAAGGGUUUCGCUGGUUAAGCAAGUAAAAGGGAUGCAAUCCCCAGGCUUUAAGAAGGCGGUCAAUAGCUGGCAAGAUAGUGAGAAUGACUUUGCAAGUGAAAAUGAAAGCCCUCCAUCAAAGUCGAGAAGAAUAUCCUUGGUAAAGCGAUUAAACAUGAAGAUGGAAUCACCCAAAAAAGAGACUCAAUCUCCAGAUAUCUGGAAAGAUAGCGAGAAUGAAUUUCCGAAUGAAAAUGAAAGGCCUCCAUCAAAGUCGAGAAGAAUAUCAGUGGUAAAGCGAGUAAGCACGAAGAUUCAACCUACCUCUUCGGGUGGACUGGUGGCUGCUUGUAAGGAGCUUGUGAGACUUGCCACGAGUAGGGGUAGUUUGGAUGACAUCACUGUAAUGAUAGUUGAUCUCAAUCACUUCAGAUGCAACAUAACCAUGCACGAUUCAAUUGGAAUUCCGCCCUGCUUCUCAGCCGGCGCUCAUCUCACCCCAGCCGGCGUGAUCAGGUCGGGGCAGAGCAUGUUCAUGUCAGUGUACAGAACGAAGAUAGCCGGCCAGUGCCGGCUGAUCACCAUCACCUGGUGCAAGAAUCUGUUACUCCACGGCCUCUCUGUUUCGGUGCAAGGCCAAAACAGAGACGAAGAGUAUCGAUGCAAAAUCGAGCUCAAGCCGUGGUACUUCUGGCGCAAGCAAGGCUCCAAGCAAUUCACGGUGGACGGCAGCGCCGUGGAUGUCGUCUGGGACCUCAAAGCAGCGAAAUUCAACGGCGAAACGGAGCCACAAUCGGACUACUACGUCGCCAUUGUCUGCGAAGACGAGGUGGUUUUGCUCGUUGGUGAUCAGAAGAAAGACGCAUUCAGAAAAACUGGCUGCCGGCCGUCGCUCAUUGAACCGAUCUUGGUUUCGAGGAGGGAGCAUUUGUUCGGGAAGAGGAAGUUUUCGACACGAAUCAAGUUUCACGAGAAGGAGAAUUUCCAUGAGAUUUUGAUCGAGUGCAGCAACGGCUCAGAUGGGUCAGAUCCGGAGUUGGAGAUAAAGAUUGAUGGGAUCCAGGCCGUUCGUGUGAAGCGGCUUCAUUGGAAGUUCAGAGGGAAUGAUUGUGUUGAUGUGAACAGAAACAGAGUUGAAGUUUUUUGGGAUGUUCAUGACUGGCUGUUUUGCUCUGGUCCGAGGCACGGAAUGUUCAUAUUUACGCCGGUAUCGGCGGAGCAACCGUCGCUUUCGACCGUUGACCAAUCUUUGACUGAAGAGGUGUGUUCUGCUGUGGCAGUAGAGCAGGAUAACGCAGGUGGCACAUCCUCUCUGUUUUCCUUGUUCGUUUAUGCUUGGAAGGUGGAAUGAGGUGAUUAGCGGCAUGAUUGGAUUAAGUUAAAGCAAAAGUGAUUAGGGAUGAAUGGAGGUGAUUAGGGUCCAACGUUGAUUAGGAACAUGAUUAGACAAGGACAGAUUGAAUCACAUUAACAUGUCCUAUAAUCCUCCAAAUCCUAAUUAUCCUACUGCCUACUUUGAGUUUAUAAUUUAUCUAGAUAUUUGGAUCGCAUAUUUGUUUUUUUUUAUUAGAUAUUUAGUAGAAUUGUCUAUGAUAGGUUGUGCAAUAGUCGAAUUUUUCUUGUGAGUAUGAGAUAAGAGUAUUUGUAUCACUUGAAGUACAUGGUCAUGUUGCAAAACAAUCGAUUAUGUAUAACAUAACAUAAGUAAUAUGAU